AUGUCUAUUCUUACCACCGAGCUUGCUUGCACGUCCGCCCCCGAUCAAGUUUUACAUCUCUUCUUCCAAGACGGUCAAAACAUCCUCGAAGCCCGAUCUCCAGAUGGAGGUAGUGUCUGGACUACCCAAGAUACCGUCAUUGCCAAAGAUGGAGACUACAAUGGUUCUUCGAUGACAUGCUACUAUGUAGACAAAGACGCAAACUUCGACAACCAGCCCGCAAUUCAUCUUCUUUACAUGAACAAGGACAAGCAUAUGGUGGAGAAAAUCAAGCGUAUGAAGGGUGACAACCCCAUUUGGGAGGAUGUCAAGAUCCCAGACGAGGUUAAGAAAGGGCCAGAGCAAAAUUCAAAAUUGACCAGUGGAGCUUUCAAUGAAAGCAGCGGUUGGAACCCGAAUGGAUCGCAGUGGGCUUACUAUUCAGCUGCCAAGGAUGGUAAAAUGGGCAUCGUUGAAAUUCGACGCACACCAAAGGAUCCAUGGCAUACUGAGACUGUUCUCCCAGAGAACUUUGGCGAUGCACUUCCAGGGUCCGCUCUAGCUUGUACAAUCUCGAACAAGCACAUCAGACUCUUCUUCCAGCACCAUGACUACAGCAUCAGGCUGUUUGAAAGUGAUAAUAGUCAAUGGUAUGCUCGAGGCCCCUUCGUCGAGAAAGACAAGGUUCAGGCCACAACACCGCUCGCUUGCACUAUGACAAAGGACGGAAGCAUCCACCUCUUCUACGUUGGAAAGAACAACAUGAUCGUUCACUGCACAGAUGGCAAGAAACACGAAGAACUUGUCCAAUUCUACCCUGGCUCGAAGUUGGGCGCUACAUCAGUCGACAACAAGAUUACCUUGUUCUUCAGGAACUUGAACCCCGUCGGAGAGGUUGGCACGCUGGAGAACGACAACGGCUCAUGGAAGCAUGGUACUCCGGUCAUUCGCGCAUGA